UGCCCAAAAGUUGGCCUUAUAGGACAGUGGGCUGGAGCAGUGAAGACUCAGGUACAGACCCAGGUAGGAGACAACACUCAGCAAGCUGCGUGUACUGUCCUUCAAGUGCAAUAUAUGCUCCAAACCAAGUUGCAUGAAACCAGGAAACAGUAGAAGGGAAACUGAAAGUGUUGUCUCCCACGGUAAGCCUUACCACACACUUUCAAAAUCAGUGCUUCCUGCUCCUAUGACAUCAUCGGCUCUGUUCCCACUGGAGGACAUAUCAUUCCUCAAACAGGAACUUGAAACUGCAUCUGGAUAUUGCAGGAUGGUCCGCACUUUGGAACCACUGGCAAAGAAGAUCUUUAAAGGAGUUUUAGUAGCUGAAUUUCUGGGUGUUGCUGGAGCAUAUGUUUUGUUUAAUAAGAUGGACACAAGCCAAGAUUUUAGGCAAACAAUGAGCAAGAAAUUUCCCUUCAUCUUGGAAGUUUAUUACAAAUCCAUUGAAUAUUCUGGAAUGUAUGGAGUGAGACAGCAAGAUCAAGAAAAAUGGUUGAACAACAAAAGUUAGGAAUUUGGCCACUGAUCACAGUUUAUCCUAUUUCAUUGUAUCAAGCACGAUUAAAUUUCCAAAGUUGACAUGGAUAGAUUUUGGAAUAUUUAAGGCAAAAUGUAAAUUCUAAUUAAGCCAGAGGUUUUAUUCUUUGGACUGUGAAGAAAUUUAUGGAAGGUAUGUUUAUUAAUAAUGUUAUAAAUCAAGUUUUAUUUACACCGCUCAAAAUAAAGUGGUUCUCCUUUAAAAAAAAUACACCUAUAAUUCUGGAUAUAUAAACUUUUCAAAAUAGAUAAAAAAGUAAAACAUCGAUUUUUAAUACUACAAUUUGCAUCUUUGACAGCAAUGUCUCUGGCACUACUAGAGUCACUUUUUUAAAAAAGCUGUACUAAGGAAUAAAAUUUGUCAUAAAAUUCA